AUGCUGUCGAAGACCUUCGUUCGCCGUCGCGCUUCUGGAUCGCGAUCCACCGUCUCCUCUGUUUGCUACCACAUUGGAGUGCAUGAGACACAAUUAGAUGCUGACAGUCUUACAAAGAGAAAACAACAGAUGCGUACAAAAAGAGCUGGUGCUCUGUGUCUCAACACGCCAGUGUUUCAAGUUUUUGGCAGUAAUACGGACAUUGGCAAGACCAUUAUAUCUGCCGGUAUCUGUCGCAGUGCUGCCAUCGUAGCAAGCUUAAAUGGGCGCGUCGAUUACAUCAAACCACUUCAGACUGGUACUGAUUACGAGAAUUCUGGGUCGUUUGCUGGAGACGCAGCCUUCGUUGAGAAGUACGCAGUAGCUCAGAACCAAAGUCAGGGAGACAUUCAAUGCUCGACUCUUUAUUCAUGGAAAAAUCCUGUAUCACCGCAUCUUGCAGCACAGAUGGAAGGACAUACAAUUACAGAUGAGAAGCUGCUUGAGCUGUUGUCCGAUAAACUCGAGUCAAUUAGCAAGAUGAAUGGAGCGAAUGGUGUAGACAGUUUAGUGCUAGUAGAGACAGCAGGAGGUGUCUGUAGUCCUUCGGCAUCUACACGAUUUCAAGUUGACGUGUAUCGUAGUCUGCGACUGCCCGUCAUUCUAGUUGGUGACGGAAAGCUUGGUGGGAUUUCGACGACCAUGUCAGCACUUGAAACGCUGCUGAUUCGCGGCUUCGAUGUAGCUGCAAUUUGCUUAAUUGAGCAGGACAAUUUGGACAACAAGGCAGCGUUGAUGCCGCGUGCGAGUGAGCUUGGUAUUCCGAUCAUUACGAUGAAUGCUAUUCCGCCCAUGCCCGAACCAUUACACCAAUGGUUCGAAGAACAUGACAAGGUGUUUGCUGAUGUAAGCGCAAGGCUAAAAUCCUUUCACAAGUUGCGAAUCGAUCGCUUCAAAAACAUGAAAGAGCGCGCUGAGCAAGUUUUUUGGUGGCCGUUCACACAACACAAGAAAACUGGUGGUCUGUCUAUAAUUGAUUCAGCGUACGGCGAUGAAUUUAGUGUAUAUCGUCCAGAAACGAACACUGUCGACCCAUUGUUUGAUGCGUGUGCGAGCUGGUGGACACAAGGAGUUGGACACGGCAACGCCACAAUGGUGACGGCUUUGGCGUAUGCUGCUGGUCGCUACGGCCACGUCAUGUUUCCUGAAAACGCACACGAACCAGCUUUACAGCUUAGUGAGAAAUUGCUUGCAACAGUAGGUAAAGGAUGGGCUUCGCGCGUGUACUUUUCCGAUGAUGGCUCGACAGCAGUUGAAGUGGCGCUAAAGAUGGCAUUUCGAAAAUACGUACUUGACCACAAGUUAAACUAUCGUGACUUUUUGUCAGACUCUGCAACUGGCAGUAAGAUGGUCACACUUGCACAGGCUAAUUGCUAUCAUGGCGACACGCUUGGUGUAAUGAAUGUUGCGGAAAAAAGUGUAUUUAAUGAAAAGCAGCAUCCGUGGUAUCGUCCCGAAGGCGUAUUUCUUAAGGUCCCGACCAUAGCUCUUCAAAAUGGUGAAUAUGUGAUUUCUAUCGAUUUCGAAGUCGCCGGCAACACGAAGACUGAAAAACUUGGCUCGCUUCACGCUGCAUUUGAUGCUACACGUGAUCAAAGUGUAUUAGCAGACAUUUAUCGCCAAUAUAUCGCUCGAAUGAUCGACAAUACCGAAGAAAAGAACAUUUGUGUGGGUGCUGCAUUGAUUGAACCUGUGCUGAUGGGAUCAGGUGGCAUGUACUUAAUUGAUCCGCUGUACCAACGUAUACUCGUACACGAAUGUCGAGCUCGAAAGAUUCCUGUGAUUUAUGACGAAGUAUUUUCAGGUUGGUGGCGAUUGGGUGUUGAGUCUGCACGUGAUUUGCUUGGUGUCGACCCAGAUAUUGCCUGCUAUGCUAAAUUACUGACAGGUGGUGUAGUUCCCAUGGCCGCUACACUAGCAUCAGAAGAUGUGUUUAACACUUUCUAUGCUGAUUCGAAGGGUGAAGCUUUGCUGCAUGGUCAUUCCUUCACAGCAUAUCCUGUUGGAUGUGCAGCUGCAGUGACAGCAUUGGACAUGUACCAGAUUCUCAGCAAGUCGAGAAAUUAUUCUCCAGACGCAACGCGCAUCUACUGGAACAUUGAACAGUUGACUGAGUUGUCGACACGUCCUUACAUUGAGCGCACUUUUGCUAUCGGUACUGUGGCGUGUAUAGAGCUAGCGUCAGAAAGCGCUGGAUACGCCUCAACUGAAGCUUCUGAGCUUAUUCAAAUCCUGCGAAAAAAUGGCAUAUAUGCUCGCGCGUUAGGCAACGUCUUGUACAUGAUGUGCUCUCCAUUUACAGCUCAACAAGAUUGUAACGAGUAUCUCACAACACUGACGCAUCAAAUUGAGGCCUUUCAAGCCAAUAAGUAG